AUGGAUGGCGAUGACGAUGUAAAAACGCAUAUUAGUGAAAUCCGUCAAAUACUAAUUCAUACAAAAGCCGUACCAGCGAAAAGUAAAACAAUCGUGGAAUUGUUUCGACGAUUUUUCAUGCCGAAUGCUGGUCAAGAGGAGCUCGAAGACGUCGAUUGUGAACAAGGCGGGUACCAUGAAAUUGUACCACGAUUAUUUCUCGGUGAUUGUAAAUUAGCAAUGGAACCGGAAAAGUUGAAGAAACGCGGUUUUACGCAUAUUCUUAACGCUGCUGAAGGACGCAAAUUUGGACAAAUCAAUACUUGUGCAACUUUCUAUGAAGACGUCGGGAUCAAAUAUUUAGGCUUCGCGAUCAUUGACACGCCUACAUAUAAAAUCGGGAUGCAUUUCGAUGAAGCGAUCCAAUUUCUAGAAGAAGCCUUAAAGGAUAAAAAGAAUCGCGUCUAUGUUCAUUGUAAACAAGGCAUAAGUCGCUCAGCAACAUUAAUUGUCGCAUAUUUGCUUCAUGCAUACGAAAAUAUGUCAUUGCUUGAUGCAUUUCAAUUAGUUGCGACUCGGCGUCGUAUUUGGCCGAAUGAUGGAUUUUGCCGUCAUCUACUUCGACUUGAAAAAGAAAAAAGAAAACCGAAAGAGAAUGAAGAGUCCCCGACAAUAGAGAAUGCUCUUCAACAGUGUGCAAUUGCCGAAGAGAAGAUCAAUCAUGAUGCUAUUUCAACCGAACCUUAA